GCAAGUAACUGCUUCACUUCGCGGAUCGUACGCUCUCCAAGAAGUUGAAUCUGCACAGGAUGGAGGCGUUUUCUGGUGAUGACGCCGCCGCCGCUACUGUCUCAGGAACCAAGGGGACGUGGCUGUACGCGACGGUGUCGGAGGCGCCACCGAAGCGGCCGGCGGGGCGGACCAAGUUCCGGGAGACGCGGCAUCCGGUGUACAAGGGCGUGCGCCAGCGGGGGGCCGCCGGGCGGUGGGUGUGCGAGGUGCGGGAGCCGAACAAGAAGUCCAGGAUCUGGCUAGGCACGUUCCCCACGGCGGAGAUGGCGGCGCGGGCGCACGACGUCGCGGCGAUGAUGCUACGAGGCCGAUCCGCUUGCCUCAACUUCGCGGACUCGGCAUGGCGGCUCCGCGUGCCGGCCUCGUUCUCCUGCUCCCAGGACAUCGCACGGGCCGCCGCCGAGGCCGCCGAGGCGUUCCGGCCUCCGUCGGACUCCAACGCUACCUUUGAAUCCUCCUUAACGAUGGAGAGCUCAGCGAGUACAUUCCCGUCUUUGUCGCCUUUAGCGACGGCGGCCACGCCUUCAUCAGUGUUACUGGAAGAUGGGAUCGGCAGCCAAGAAGGAGUCACAUUUGAUAUGGUGAGUUACGACGGCAUGGAUUUGGGCUACUGCGACUACUCCGGUAUGGCGGAGGGCGCGCUGGUAGAUUCCAUUUGGGACGACGUGGCCGCUGACGCUGACGUGUCGCUCUGGAGCUACUCCAUCUGACGCAGAGAAGGCGGCGGCUGCGGAGGACGACGACGAGGAGGUGGCAAGGCAUCUGACGUCCAUUAACUCGGUUACGUGCGGCGGCUGAGUGCUCGAAGCUGUUCCCAUGCAUCAACGCUUCUCUGGAUCUUCACCAGCUUCGACCACAACAUCUAGAACGAGUAAACUCGGUGAAUGAUUCAGAAGACGAGCUUUAUGUUUAUAUUUGCUCUGCUUUGAUCUCAGCUCUUGUAAUCUCUGCAAAAGAAGCACACAGAUCCCAAGAAAAAAAGCACACAGGCAAACUAUUCUAAUAAUAGGCGAAGAUCAACCUACUUCUUAUGUCUCUCUUCUCCUUUUACCGGGUUUAGAAGACAACCCUUA